AGCCAGCCGGAGCGGCGGCGGCGGUAGCGGCAGGACCGCCGUGGCGCCGGUAGCAGCGACCCGGAGGGAGCGCGAGGCGACGCUGGCUGCGGGGACCCGGUGACAGCGCGAGAGGUACUAGAUUUUACAAGUUUGCACCAUGCGUGAGUAUAAGCUAGUCGUUCUUGGCUCCGGAGGAGUUGGAAAAUCUGCUCUGACUGUACAAUUUGUUCAAGGAAUUUUUGUUGAAAAAUAUGAUCCUACGAUAGAAGAUUCUUAUAGAAAGCAAGUUGAAGUAGAUGCACAACAGUGUAUGCUUGAAAUCUUGGAUACUGCAGGAACGGAACAAUUUACAGCAAUGAGGGAUUUGUACAUGAAAAACGGACAAGGCUUUGCCUUAGUUUAUUCCAUCACAGCACAGUCCACAUUUAAUGAUUUACAAGAUCUGAGAGAACAGAUUCUUCGAGUUAAAGACACUGAUGAUGUUCCAAUGAUUCUGGUUGGUAAUAAGUGUGACUUGGAAGAUGAAAGAGUUGUAGGAAAGGAACAAGGUCAAAAUUUAGCAAGACAAUGGAACAACUGUGCAUUCUUAGAAUCCUCUGCAAAAUCAAAAAUAAAUGUUAAUGAGAUCUUUUAUGACCUAGUGAGGCAAAUUAACAGAAAAACUCCAGUGCCUGGGAAGGCCCGCAAAAAGUCGUCACGUCAGCUGCUUUAAUAUACUAAAUGCAUUGUAGCUCUGAGCCAGGUCUGAAGAACUGUUGCCCAAUUCAACAGUGCCAGCAUUCCAACUUUGUUAAACCUACCAACAUCUUAAAUGGACUUUCUGUGGUGGUACCCUUUAAGAGGCGGAAGAAAGCUACUACAUCAGUUUGCACAUUCUAAUCACUUUCCAGUAUCACAAGAGAGAUUUUUACUUAUAUAAUAGUCCUAGAGUAUGCAGCUGGUAAAACCAGAGGCUACAGUCCAGUAUUACUGCUAAGAGACAUUUUUCAUCCACCAAUGUUGUACAUGUAUGAAAAUGGUGUACUGUAUACUUUAACACGCCCCAUACUUUGUAUUGGAGAGUACAAUAAUGUAAAUCCUAAAAGCACCACUAUUUUAGCAUAAUAAAAGAAAGUCCAAAGAGCUCCUAUAUAGACUACUCCAGAUAACUUCGCUUCUUUGAUACUUGUAGCUUAUUGUAAUUUUUUUUAAGAAAUUCAAGGUCAUUAUCAUUGUAUUGU